AUGUUUAAUUCCAACACCCAUGCAUGGAUGUACGAGGGGCGGCCCAUUGGCUACGGCAACCAGGCUCUGGGGCAGCUCGUGGCAGGCAUCACGACACGGCUGGCAGGGGGACCGUUGGCGGCGCAAGAGGGCGCCAUUGGAACGGGUAAAACGACUUUAGCCGGUGGGUGCUCACCUCACAGCGAGGGCAAAAAGCGGGGCUGCACCACCACCGACGACCAAGACUCGACUAACAGCAGACUAGCCGGCGCGCACACUCAGACUGGCAGACUACUGACUACUGCGGACGAGUGUGCGUACGGUAGCUACUUAGUGCUAGGCAAGUACUCGAGGAUAGACGCCAGACAGUUCACGCCUAGCGCCUUCCCUUGGUCCAUUGCUCGCUGGUCGCUGCUUCCUCCUGGAACGUCGACGACGACUCACCGCACGUCAGCAUUGCCGCCCAUGCCUGCCUGCCUGCUGCCUGUUCCUGCGGCCUUCUCCAGCUUGUGGCUUGUCGCGCCUGACCAUGACAAACGCUGCCGCGGGGCCGAGUCUGUGUCUCUUUCCUUCUCUCUUGCGCAACUGCCCCAGCCCCAGCCCCAGCCCCAGCACCGUCUGAGCCAUUGUAUAUACGGUAAGUACAUGCCAUCUCCACCGCCACCCCUCUCCUCGCCUCGCCUCGCCUCGGCCAAUACCAAGUACACAUGCACACGCUCCACUGUCUAUUGCCCGUUGCCCGCUGCCCGCUGCUGGCUCGACCAUGUACAUCCAUCCAUCCAUCCAUCCAUCCAUCCUACUUCCUUUCUCGUCCUGUUUCUGCUGCUGUGCCCUGCCACUGAAACCCCCCUCGCCGUGUUGUUUCAUGCCCACUACUUAGUAGAUAACCAUAAUGCUCCUGCUGUUGCUGUUGCUCCGUCGCGGCCCCCGCCCACCAUCACACGUCACAACGUCAAAACAUGCCACAUGAAACCCAAUGCCGACGGCGAACUCCUCGUGGCCGGCGCUGCCUUUGCGCACCCGCCCGCGAAGCCACCCCCGGCAAAGGCCUCGAACUCACGAGCAUGUGCAUGCUCGAGUCCUCGUCGUACCCACAUGGCUCGGCCUAGCCUGCGACGACGUGGUUUCCGGCCUGCUUGUGCUCACUACUUGGGUGUAGACUCGACUACCGCACAUCAGCACCAGCACUGUGACUGCACACCAGCACCAGCACAGUCCGGCUAUUGCGCUGGGUCAAGCCUGUCGACCAUGUACCCUAUUCACACUGCCGGGUCCUGGCCACGCCCUCGUGCCCGCUCAUUGUCCAGUGCCACCGCCGCUGAUGCUCCCGCCCUGCACCACCGCGCACAAGCACACGCCGAGGGGCUCGGGCGGCGUUUCUGGCAAGCUAAGCGAGCCCACCAUGCCUGCAACCCCGACUCCGACAUGUCCUCUUCGGCCAACAUCACCAUUUCCUCCGUCCAAAUGUGGAACACCACGCAUUGCCCGUAUUAUUAUCAAACCUGCCCACGGCCCUGCUCGCCCUUCCAGAUGCAAUGGCGAACGGUUCAGCUGAUGGCCGUCCACUCCGUCCCCAGCACAUAUAAGUGGACCGCGGUGGAUCUGCACGACAGCAUGCCACCGGCGGACUCCGAAUGGACAACUGCCCAACACGCCCACCUCCCGCUUUGGCACCAGCCCACACACGGCCAGGACGGGAUCCACAACGGCCGUACCUCCACACUUGGGUCUGAACAGUGUGACCUUCGCCGGGCUCCUGCAUAUUGCACGCUGGGCCACUGCAGCCAACGCAAAAGAGGCCACAAACCCAUGGCAAUCUGGCCACACAGCUCAUACAGCUUUUUUCAUCGACCUGCUGUAUUGGUUGCAAGCCAGAAAAUGACCCACGCGCUCCCUUGUAGAUUACCUGACCGCUCAUCGCCUAGACGCCCCCACAAGGCUGCUGCCAUGCACUGCGCACUACCCUACACCUACAGUGACGCCAAAGCACAUGUUCGCAGAGUUUUGUAA